AUGGACCAACUAAGCACAGAUACGUCCAGCAUGGCGACCGAAAUACCAAUGGACGCGGACGAAGCGCUCAAAGGCUUUUAUAGAGACAACUUCGACAUCAUUUUCAUCAGACUACAAUGGCAAGACUACUCGGGAGUGAUGCGUGCACUUGUUUUACCGAUCGAGGAAACAUUUUCCAUACUCGAGGAAGAAAAGCAACCAUUCCAUGUGCCUCCCCUCUUAUCCAACUGCUCCGUCACAAACCAAUAUCUUCCAGAUGCAAGCGCCCGCCACGUGCAAUGGCUAGUCCCGGACUGGUCUUCUAUUCGACGAGCGUCCGAUCCCAAGAGUGCAAUAGUGAUGUGCGGAGUAGUGGGGACGACAAUAUCCAAGCCGGUGCCAAACGGAGACCUGUGUCCCCGGCGUGCAUUGGUAGAUGUCGUGCGACAGGCGCGGGAGUCGUGGGGCUUGAGGUUUCUCGUCGGUUUCGAGGUGGAGUUCCAGGUGAUGAAGGUCUCGUCGACAGGCGAGUAUGUUAAGCACAGUCAAGGCCCCGGUAACUUUUCAGUUUCCGGUCUACGGGAUCCGUGCUACAAGUAUGUGCAGCAAUGUGUUCAACAACUAUUGGACCUAGGGGUGCACAUCCAUGGUAUACAUUCGGAAGGCAAACGAGGACAGUAUGAAAUUGCUCUGAAACCUUUGCCACCGUUGCAGGCUGUGGAUCAACUACACUUCGUGCACGACUAUCUCAAAGACACAUUUGCCCAGCACGGCUAUAUGGCCACUAUGGCGCCGAAACCUAUAAUCUCAGACCCACAUACCAUUGGACAACAUAUGCACAUCUCGUUGCAGCCUGCUGAUAGUUACCAUGAAGCGUCUUUCCUAGCCGGUAUCCUCAAGCGUUUACCGAUGAUUUGUGCCUUCAGUCUACCACACACGCUCUCUUACGAACGACGACUCCCGUUCUUGGCUGGAGAAACUGUAUGCUGGGGAACUGAAGCGAGGAUAGCACCUAUUCGAAAGAUCGAGACUAGUCAUUGGGAGAUAAGAUGCAUCGACGCAACUGCCAAUAUGUACCUCACCUUGGCUGCUAUACUUGGCGCUGGCCUACUCGGUUUGGCAGGCCAAGAGCCUCUCCUUUGGCCGGAUUUGGGCGAUUUUACCACUGAAUCCAAGACCUGGGAAGAGCCGCUGCCCAGAACUCUGCAGGAAUCGUUAGCGAGACUGGCUAUGGAGGCCGACGACUUCGGUACUGUAUUUGGCCAACAAUUGAUACAACGUUACAUAGAGCUGAAGCAGUACGAAAUAUCUCUAGUCGGAGGGAUGGAUCCUUUGAAGUUGAGACAACUGUUCAUUGAGCUAUUCUAA